AUGGCAGCGGCGUUGCUGCAGUACCAAGCAUGUCUGGGCAUCAUGGUCCGCCUCCAGGUGGAGGACCUGACCUUACUCAAGGAAGACUUCGACCGCGCAGGACGCGGACUCUCGCUGCGUGAGUUCGUCAACGUCAUGCUGGACCGCGUGAGCUGGGAGCCCGAGAGCGUCGUCAACUUCAUCGAAGACCUGGUCGAGCUGUUCGCGCAGGUGGAUGUCAACGGAGACGGAACGAUGGAGUGGGAGGAGUUCACGAGCGCCAUCAUCGAGGGCGGCAUGGGCUCUUCGGGCGGAGGCAACGACGACGUGGCGGGGACUGUGGCACAGCUACGAGAUCUGCAGUACGAAGAGCACCCGCGCUUCGUGGAUACCGCAGUGAAUCGUCCUCCAAAGCGGAUUGAAUAUCUGCCCGAGUUUCGGAGGGUUUUGCUGCUUGAAAGCUCUCGUCCGGUGGUGGAAUUGCUAGACCCUGCGGGUUUAUUCCCUCCUGAGAGCGAUGAGAACGUCAAGGACGGGAGUGGAGCAGCUUCUGGAGAGAAAGAUACAAACGCGGAGUCGAAUACUACUGAAGAAGCCAUCGGUUCGACCUUCUCGUUCACGCCAACUCUGCCCGUAGUGAACAAGUUCCACCCGCUGUGCUACAUCUCGGGAUACCGUCGAGACCAGGACGAAGUAAGCUCGGAACGCUCACCUGUUCAAGCGAUAAAGUACCUGGCUGGGUUAGAUCUACUCGCAGUCUCGGCUGGGGAUUUAAAGCUCACGUUCUGGUCUUCAACGCUGUUGACUGCGUGCAGUACGAGCGCGAUGGAGACGCCACGACCACUAGCGAUUGUUCACACGCCGCGUCCUCAACGCGUACUGGAGUGGAGCCCCAAGACGCAGCAGCUCUUCUCCAUCUCAGCGGACUUGAUGAUCUCCGUGUGGCAGGUCACGCGCUCUCAAACUAUCAGCGUGAAGGCGGGGAACGCCAAGUCUCGAGGAGAAUCGAGCGUCGGCACGUGCGAAGUGCGGCUUGUGACGACGUUGAAGAAACACUCGGACCUGUUGCAGGACUUGCUGAUCCUGAACGACGACACAGUGUUGUCCUGUGGGAUGGAUAACAUGAUCUACCUCUGGGACACACACACACUGCAGACGCGCGCGUCUCGCCAGGGACAUCGUCGAGGAGUCCGCUUACUGGUAAAGUUAUCCUCCCAAGUAUUCAUCAGUGCUGGCUUCGAGUGCGAAGUCUUCGGGUGGGAGAUCUCCGCGCUAGCCACGACGCCAGUGUUUCGUCUUUCGGGUCACGGUUCUCCUGUAUGUUGCAUCCAGCUCAUUCCAUCCGCAACUUACGCUGCAGCUUCAGCCCUUAUGAAGAAUUCUAAAGCGGUAGCAUCGGGGACUAGGAUGUUGGCGGAUCAAUGCAUCACGGUGGACGACGAAGGCUGGUUCCGAUGGUGGACACUGGCUAACGUGUUAUCUGUCGAGAGUACGGACGCUGAGUUGAACAGCAGUCGACGCUGCUUGCAGGUCUUUCGCCUGGGCAGUGACUUGAGUCGGUAUCCGUGGCGAGCGCACUCCCUAGCGGUGCUAAACAAUGGUCAGAGCCUGCUGGUGGCUGGAGUUCACAAGGUUAAGCUGCUUCGACGAGUGCGCGUGAAGCCGCGCGUGCUCGCAGCCAGCGCAGUUCUGUACAACGAGGCUUCGCAUACAAUCGCGACUGCUACAGACAGAGAAGUUCGAGUUUGGGACGCUGCGUCCGGUGCCAUGCUUCGCACGUACCGAGACUUGGUCGGGGCGGACAUUACGCAGGUAGAUCUCGACUCGCGCCAGCGGAAGUUGAUCGUGGGAGCGCAGAAUGGGGAGCUGGCGGUGGUGAAUUAUUUGAAUGGAGCUGUACUCGCACGAUGGACGCCUCACGCGCAGCAAGUAUCGGCGUUGUUGUACUGCAAGGAAGACCACACGGUUCUCACUGCCUCGUGGGACCGCUCACUGCGACUUUAUGACGAUGACGCGCCGCGCGGAGGAGGAAUCGCAGCUCGAAACGUGCUGCUACGCUGCAUCACAGACGCUCACGACAGCGAUAUCAAGUGUCUCGCGUACUGUCACGCGCUCAGCCUCGUUGCAAGCGGAGGCAUCGAUGGGUCUAUCAAAAUCUGGGACUACAUUUACUUCCUGCUUGAGGACACGCUAGCGGCACCGCCUCCAGCUACUGGAGUGUCCUUCAACGCGUCGUCACAGUCACAUACAGCGACGAACUCUCAUGCUACCAGUGAAGUAAACGUCCUCGAGUUUAUUGAGCCGUAUCCGCUGCUUCUAUCGGGACACGAAAGCGGCCAAGUGUGUCUGUGGAGCCUCACGCCUUCAAAGCCCACGACGCUUCUCCUGUGCUUCUACCCGUUCCACAUGACUCCAGUUCGGCCCGUAACUCCAGUUGAGAUACCAGCAGUGCCCUCGUCCGAUGAAGCACCAGAAGCUGGUGUCGAAGGGUUUAACUUCGUGUCAUUUGACCCGGACGCUCAACCGAGCGACUCCGAGUCUUCUGCUGUAGACGCAGCUAUGGGGUCUCCUGAUGAACCUCCGCCUCCUCCGUCUUCACCUUUGACGCUUGCCAAGCUCAACAGCGCUGUCACCUGUUGUCGCACGUUUUACGAUGAGACUGGCGGUGAAUUGUUAGCUGAGGGUAUUGAUCGGGGUCGCUUCCUGCUCUUUGUCGCGAGUUUCUAUGGCGAGUUGAUGGUCUGCGAUAUCUCCAAGGUCAUAAGUGCAGCGCACGUUCGAGCCUUCCGUGAGGAGAACCUGCCGUCGCGUCAGGACAGAUCGUACAACCCACGCAGGAGGUUCUUGAGGCAAGGGAAGAACGCUAAGCGCCUUCGUAACAAGCACGCGGACAACGGGAGUCACCCUGAAGCGAAACAGCUCCAUGUGAACGAGUCGGACGUCAUGUGUACGCACCGGUGGACGGCUCAUCGUGGUAAUGUGCGCUGUCUGCAGAUUGUCGCCGAGCCUCGAGGAGUGUUGACGUGCGGGAGCGACAAAGGCGUGUACGUUUGGGACUUCCAAGGACGAAGAAUGGGGAGUCUAGCCACGGGUAUGACGCCCACCCCAGCGCCAAUUGCUGGGCAGAAUUCUUCCGUGGCAACAGUGACAAGUGGAGUGGAAUGGCGUUGGGAGGUCGAUGUCGCUGGUGCUGCAGCCUUCAAGAGGAAGCAGGCGGAGCAACUCUGGGACGAGUUGAAGGGAACUAAGCUCAAGUCUGCUGCGUUGAGGCAGCAAUCCAUAGCGAUGGCUAUGCGCGCUCAAAAGCGAAGCACGAUUAUCGCCAGUGCUAGCGCCCCCGCUCUCGGUCAAGACAAGGAGAAGGAGGCUCAACGCAUGAGUGUCCAAGAAAUGACAGCCUGCGCUUCGACGACUGUGAUCGAGCUGAAGCAGCUUGUUGAGAAUAACGGCGAUGAGGUUGCACCAGGUGAAGAGCAGCCUGAGGAGAAUGAUGCAGCUGCGGACCAUACCAAGCGUCUAUUCGACCAGCUACAGGGGAAAACGACGUGGAAGAAGAGCGAUCUUCAGCUGGCGAGGCAGGCGGCAUGGGAGAAAGAGCGCGUGAAGUUCCAACAACGCAUGAAGAAGGUCAUGAGGCAGAAGGCGAAGAAGAAAAAGCAGGACGAGUCAGGAGCGGAGGGCAACCAGCACGAAGAGGAUACUGCAAAACAUCAUCCUAAUGGUGACGUGAAUGACUCGCUGGGGAGACUUGAGGUGCUCGGCGGAGCUGGAGACGCUGAUGACCCUGGAAUGCUGCUGCCUAUCCUUCAGAACCCAGUGCAGGAGCUACCAUUCGCAGACAAAGACAACUGGGCGGUGGGGAGUUUGAACCGCGAGAAGCAAAUGUACGAGCACUUUCAUCGAGAGAACGUUCGGCGUAGUAACAAGCAGAUCGCAGGGAGCAGCGGGCUGCUGAGACAGCGGCGACUGGAGAACUCACUGGCGUCCAUGGACUUGACGCCGUCAGCAUUUCUUUUCGAGAAGCUUGGAGUGAGCUGUAUUAUCCGUGAGAAUUUCGAGCUCAAGGAUCUACCAGGACGGCGGAAGCUAACCAAGAAACCACCACGUCCGAAGCGAGUCGCUGCGCUUACAAGAGCUCUUUCCUUGACUGCGUUGCCGUCCCCACCAACCGCCCACCUUAACCCGUCCGAGCCAGCAUUAGCAUCCAGCGUCAGCACGAGUGCUCUACCCAGACGAAGUCUCCUGUCCACACUGUGUCAGCAGUACGACGAGCUCCUAGGUGAAGAUCACGAUGAUAACAACAGCCCAAGCUCCGAGCUGCCUAGCAACACGUACCUGUCCGCAUCGCCAAGCUCAGCCGCUGAUUCACCGAGCAUUCUCGACGGUGACAGCUUAACACCAGUCGACGCCGUUAGCUCUAGCUCCAGCGAUCCACUCUCAAUGAGCCCAGCGUCCACAAAGAGCAGCAACAAUUCAGACAGCAAGCAAGAAAGUCCAAAGCCAGCGCGACGCCGGCAUCCUCGGUCGGCCAUCACGGCGAAAGAACGCGGGCCGAAACUCCGCCAAGGCACUCCGUCCUCCAGCUCGGCGGGCGCUGUCCGUGCCGUUCCUAGAGCCAGUAUACCCAAGAAGGAGCUCAAGUCAGCAAAGAAGGUCCGUAUCCGCUCGGACGCGGCGCUCAUGCGGCAGGAGCGCUUCGGUCCGUACGCUCGAGACGACGUCAUCAACGUGUACCGGACUUUCCGCAAGUUGGAUCAGGACCAGAGCGGGUCUAUUACUCUACGCGAGCUGUUGGACGGUAGUGGGCUCUUCUCGGGGACGCACAUGCAGGACAAUAUUGGCAGUAUCUUCAGCAGCAUCGACAAGGACCAGAGCGGCCUCAUCGAUUUGGCAGAGCUCUGUGGCGUCGUGUUCGGAGAGGCCCCUCCCGAGGUGCUGGAGGAUAUUCUACGCUUGUGUAGACUACUGGAGACUGUGGAGAAGACUCGACGCGUACAGAAGAAGACGCUGACGGCGCAGCAGAUCCAGGAGCUGCGGGAACUCUUCAGGCUCUAUGAUGCGGAUGAUAACGGAGACAUCGACGCUGGAGAACUACUCGAGGCGCUGCGGUACAACGAGCGGUUCUACGACAGCGACAGCCGAGGGUCGAGUCAACUUACCAAGGACGAUGUGAUCCGCAUCAUCUCGGCCUUCGACGUUAACGCCAACGCGUCCCUCGACCUGGAAGAGUUCAUCGAGCUCUUCCGCGAAGACGCCUAG